UCUCGCUGAGAUAUCAUAAGCUUUAACUAUCAAUCAAACCAAGAUUCAAUACACUUUCAUAACUUGAAGUUUAAAAGUUUUGCAGUGAAUCACUGUCAAACUCUGACCAAAUCUCAGGUAUAAAAGGGGCGCUUCUUUCCCACUCUGAUCCGAUCCAACUUCAACGUUUCAUCAUCUUCUUCUUCUUUACACUCGAGCUAUAAGUUUCUGCCCCGCUCGUAUUCAGCUCCUCUCUUGCAGCACAAAGAUGCCCCAUCAUCAGCGACAAAGCCUGUCCCAAGGCCCUUUUGAAGAUCUUGAACUUGACCAUGAGGACCAGCACCUUGGACGACACAUUAGACGCAUGAUGUCGUCUACUCUUAGCAAAGCAACGUUUACCAUCAACAUGGGCGACGCUUACGACUACAAUAUCCUCCAAGAGAACCCCGAACAACUUCAUCAGGAAUUCCGCAACUAUAUUUCUGAUGUCGCAGACAGGCUAAAGCAGUCCGGAGACAAUGAGACCGCUCUUGACGAACACAUCACCGACGAACUCGCUCGCAUGGUCUAUGGGUCCAAUAUGAUCGAGGUUGCUGGUGGAGGUGUCGAUAUUACACUAAAGCUCUGCAAAGACGUCUUUCGGGGCAAAGAGCUUCCGGAAGAGAUCAGCGAACGUGACGCAGAUUACCAUGACCUCAAACUCCAUCUCUUAAAUAAGAACUUGCCUUCCGGACACGAGGCUAUUCUACGAAGCCGCCGAGAGAUCGUUCAGCACGCCGAAGCUGCACGGUUCAUGAUCGAUCAAGUUUGCAUCAAGGGCAAGGAUUUGUCUCAUAAGAUCAUCAACGAAGCUCAUGGUAUCCUAACAUACAAGAUCGACAUUGGUGAUACGCCUUGGCCCUAUUACAGUGGAGUAUACCGGACAUGGAACGUCCGAUGCGGUUCUCACGUCUUCAUGGAUGAGAGCAAAGUCCCUGCUGCAAUGCGCGACAUGAUAGACGAACUUGACUCUGAUAUCAAGAAGGCCGAAGAAGGACAAAUCGACCCUGUGGUACUUGCAAGUAAAUACUGUCACAAAUUUGUCAACAUUCACCCCUUUGCAGACGGCAAUGGCAGAAUGUGUCGUCUUAUUCUCAACACUCUCCUCCUCAAGUACAGCGGGGGUAUCGUCUGCAUCGGGCAGGACGGCCAAGAUCGACAAGAGUAUAUGCGCAUUGCCGUAGCGGAAAGUGUAGAAGAAUGCUCACAGAGUCAAGAGUCUGGAGCUGCGAAUUACAAGCAGCUCGCAUCUUUCACACUACGACAUGCCCGCGACAGCAUGCGCAAGGUUCGACAACUUUUCAAGCGGGAUACUUAGAGUUUAAUCGUGACGAGACACUCGAAGAUGUCCCUGUUCGGGACUAGAGGAUUCGAGGCUAUCCUCCGGUUGAUGAACAUGACUUAGUUAUUGGGCUGUUGUAUAAUACAGAC